CUCGAGUUAUCACAGUAAGAUAUGUAAUAUGAGCUAUAACGUCUCAUUACAGUAAUCAAAUAGCAAUCCUCACUUAUCUACUGCAAAAAGAGAAGGGCAUUUGCCAUAUGAGAGAUGGACUAAGUACAGAAUGUGUUUUAAUAACAUUUGACGUUACUUCCUUAAAUACUGGGAGGAAUCUUGUAUAUAACAUCCAGCCAAGGACAAUAUUUCAAGGGACUUGAGACAUUAGGAAGUUUUAUUUUGUGGAGUUUCAAUCUAUUCUAAAUUCUGUUCUUUGUGCUUAAAAUCAGUGGCUACAUGCUCGUAUCCUAGAGUUACAGAUAUCCAAAUCAAUUCUCGAUUCAAAUACAAGCCUGCAUUCCUUGUUUAUAUCUCAAUGAAUGGUACAUUCCCACGAGUAUACAGGUUAAAUGUUACACAGUAUAUAUUCUUAUGCAGGUGGAUGGCUUUUUCCCUGUGCCUGGGCAUUGUGCAGGUAAAGCAGCGUGUCUGAGACAAGAACUGGGGUGCUGAGAUAAUCAGCUAGUGACAUGCUUAAAUAGGGCUUAGGAUCGAGGAGUGUGUUUUUAAUAAGGACAUAAAGAGCUUGUGCGCGAAAACCACACGAGAAGACAGGGAGCGGGCACCUGGUGUCCUAAACACACUCUCCAGCCCUCUCCAACACCGCUGGGUCAUUUUUUAAAACACUCUUUUGUGUCUUGCUGCCCUUGCUGAGUGGUCAUCACUUGAGAGUUGUCCUUCUAGAGGAGGAGACAGGAGGGAACUGAAGGGAGUGAGGAAGUCAGUCUGGUGGCCUGAGCGACGUCCAUUAGCCUGGGGGUAGGUCAGCUGACCAGUUUUUUUGCAUUAGCAGAUCCUGGUUCACCUUCAAUGCUAUUAGGAAAAAACCUUGCUGAUGACAGUUGGAUUGGACUCAGGUCUUCCCUGUGCCUGCAGGUGUGUCUCCCUUCCACAGUGUGUUCUUUUACCUUUCCUCCUCCUUUGGGGAGCCUCAAGGACCUAAAGGUGGGAACUUUUUCAACUUUUUUUGUUGCCAAAGUGACUCCUACAACCGCCGACCUUGUGUGUCAUUUUCACGUGAAUUUGACACAUAUUUUCUGGGAUUGGGGCAGAGGAUCCCAAAACCAAGAUGAGUGUCAGCAAGGAGGACGUCGCCAAGUUCCUGGAUGGAAACCAAGCCUUUGCCACGAGCUACUUCAACAAGAAGCUCAGUGCUGGGGCCAUCGCCUCGGCCAUGGGUGUUGAGGAGUCCACGGUGGACUUCACCAUGUUCAAGGAGGUGAGCCAGGUGGAGGAAAGUGAGAUCCUGUUUGAUGUCAUCAAGGACAUGCAGGAGAACGUGAACAUGGAGAAAGUGAUCUUCAAGAUCCUAAAAAGGAUCUGUCACCUCACCCAGGCCGACCGCUGCAGUCUCUACAUGUACCGGCAGCGGAACGGCAUUGCUGAGCUCGCCACCCGGCUCUUCAAUAUUGGCGUUGACUCAGAGCUCGAGGACUGCAUUGUCCCGCCCGACUCUGAGAUCGUCUUCCCCCUUGAUAUUGGAAUAGUGGGCAAUGUGGCCCAGACAAAGAAACACACCAAUGUCAAGGAUGUGGCAGAGAACAGUAACUUCAGCAAUUUUGUGGACGAGCUGACUGGAUAUACAACACGAAAUCUCAUGGCCGUGCCCAUCAUGAACGGCAAAGAUGUGGUGGCUGUUGUCAUGGUCGUCAACAAAACCACUGGGCCUCAUUUCACUGAUGCGGAUGAGGAUCUUUUUUUAAAGUAUAUGAAAGUUGCCUCUUUGAACUUGAAAAUCUACCACUUGAACUACCUUCACAACUGUGAGACGAGGAAAGGCCAGCUCCUGCUGUGGUCGGCCAACAAAGUGUUUGAAGAGCUCACAGACAUUGAGCGACAGUUUCACAAGGCUUUGUACACAGUGCGUGCAUACCUGAACUGUGACAGAUACUCAGUCGGCCUGCUGGACAUGACCAAAGAAAAAGAGUUCUUUGAUAUCUGGCCUGUGUUAAUGGGGGAGCAGGCCCCUUACUCUGGUCCAGUGACCCCGGAUGGCAGGGAGGUAAUCUUCUACAAAGUCAUUGAUUAUAUUUUGCAUGGAAAGGAAGACAUCAAAGUCAUUCCAUCUCCUCCUGCUGAUCAUUGGGCUUUAGCAAGUGGGAUGCCUGUUUACGUGGCAGAAACUGGAUUGAUUUGUAACCUCAUGAAUGCACCAGCAGAGGAGACGUUCCAGUUUCAGAAAGAGCCAUUGGACAGCAGUGGCUGGACAAUAAAGAAUGUCCUCUCCCUGCCAAUCGUCAACAAGAAGGAAGAAAUCGUGGGCGUGGCCACUUUCUACAACCGGAAGGAUGGCAAGCCCUUCGAUGAGCAGGAUGAACAACUCAUGGAGGCCUUGACACAGUUCCUUGGAUGGUCAGUACUAAACCCAGACACCUACGACAAGAUGAAUAAACUAGAGAACAAGAAAGACAUUGCCCAAGACAUGGUAAUGUAUCAUGUCAAGUGCCGGAAUGAUGAAAUCCAGAACAUUCUGAAAACAAGAGAAUAUUUUGAUAGAGAACCAGCAGACUGUGAUGAGGAUGAAUUUCGGCAGAUCCUGAAAAAAGAGCUCCCGGGCCCAAAGAAGUUUGAAAUCUACGAGUUCCAUUUCUCUGACUUUGACUGCACAGAGAUGGACCUUGUGAAGUGUGCGAUUCAAAUGUACUAUGAAGUCGGAGUUGUCAAAAAGUUCCAGGUUCCUCAGGAGGUUUUGGUAAGGUUCAUGUACUCAGUCAGUAAAGGCUACAGAAGGAUCACCUAUCACAACUGGCGCCAUGGAUUCAACGUGGGACAGACAAUGUUCACUCUUUUAACGACAGGGCUGUUGAAACGCUACUACACUGACCUGGAAGUGAUGGCGAUGAUCACAGCUGGUUUCCUACAUGACAUAGAUCACAGGGGAACCAAUAAUCUCUACCAGGUUAAAUCUGGCAAUCCACUUGCUAAGCUACAUGGGUCAUCCAUUCUAGAGAGGCAUCAUUUAGAGUUUGGCAAAUUCCUGCUUCAGGAUGAGAGUUUGAAUAUUUUCCAAAACCUCAACAGAAGACAAAAUGAACAUGUCAUCCAUCUCAUGGACAUUGCCAUUAUUGCCACCGACCUUGCUUUGUAUUUCAAAAAAAGGACAAUGUUCCAGAAGAUUGUGGAUUUAUCAGAAACAUAUGAGGAUGAGAAAAAAUGGGUAGAUUUCAUGUCCCUGGAGACAACGAGAAAAGAAAUUGUUAUGGCCAUGAUGAUGACAGCCUGUGACCUGUCAGCCAUCGCCAAACCAUGGGAAAUUCAAAGCAAGGUGGCUCUUAAUGUGGCAGAAGAGUUCUGGGAGCAAGGUGACUUGGAGAGGAGUGUUCUGGACCAGCAACCCAUUCCCAUGAUGGACAGAACUAAGGUAGCUGACUUACCCAAGAUGCAGUGUGGUUUCAUCGAUUUCGUCUGCACUUUUGUAUACAAGGAGUUUUCCCGCUUUCAUCCUACCAUCACGCCAAUGUUAAAUGGUAUUCUGAACAACAGGAAAGAGUGGAAGGCGAGGCAAGAGAUACACGAGGCCCAGCUGAAGGAGUUAGAGGAUGCUAAGGCGGCCAAAGAGGGCACUUCUGGAGGCAAAUCUGGUAACCCAGGUGGUGGAGGAUCCAAGACGUGCUCAAUAUGCUAGAGGUGGAACUAAAGGAUAGAACGGGACAUUUCGGAACACCUUACCAUCAUAUAUAGUCUGACAAGUCAGGGGUGAGAGGUCAAUCUUUGCCCCUUUUUGUGAUGAGAAAACAGAAGUGAAAGACAGAGAUGGGCACCACAUGAAGGUGAUGCAGCUCAGCAAAGCCAAUAAACCUUGGCCCCAGAAACUCCACCCAUCCCUAUGUGGACCGACUAAGGGUAAUACCAAUUCAUGCAGCUGGAGAAAGAUGGUGAUGAUCCCAUAUUCUGUUUAAUUUACUUUGUACUAUAAAACUCAGGGUUCCAGGAAUUAUCACUGGUUGAUUAUUAAAUCCCAUGGCCAUUUAGACAUCCUUACAUGUUAAGAUAGAAUAUUAAUCUUUGGAAUCUGAUAUUAGAAAGUGGACUGUGGUCAUCUGUACUAAUACAUGUCAUCUGAUCAUGUGAAAUGACACCAUAUAGUUCUCUUUGCGGAUCACUGUUUUGCCAGUAAUCAAACGAUCAUUGCCAGCUCUCAUUUCCUCUGUGAAUUUACUGCUGCACCAGGACCAUUCCCUGAAAACUGAGGAGGGCAUUUAUAUUUUUCAAACUUUAUUUUUAAGUAGUGUUAGUGACUUGCUGAUGAUCUUCCCAGUCAGAUAUGGUGUAAAGUAUGUAUAAUAACAUGAUAUAGGUUUAACUGUGGAUUGUGUUCUGACUGUGUCCUAAUUUUCAGAGAAUGCUCUGGGUUUAAAGUGAACCCACUGGAAACAUAACUGUAAAUAGUUCUAUGGUGAACAUGAAUACCUACUCAAAAACUCUCUCCUCUACUCUCGGUGGGUACAAGAGAACUAGUACAAUUUCUGAAGCUCAAGGCGUCUGGCAGAUUACUGUAAAUGACCAAAACAUCCCCAGAUACCUAGUAAAACAUCCUUAAUUAUUACCAGGGGGACUCCACGGUGAAAGAAGAUAUUAAUGCCAGUGGCCUUGAUACACACCUGGUUAAUUGUUAGCUUAGUCUGACAAGACUGAUCCAAGACAAAUAUUCUUCGGAAUAUAUGCCUCUUCUUUUAAAUGUAAAAAUAGUUGGAAGGGUAAAGUUAUUUUUCUCCUUACCCAAGACAACACAAAGGUUAGAAUCACAAUAUCUCUGUAAAUACACUACUCACAAAAAGUCAGGGAUAUUCGACUUUCGGGUGAAAUUUCAGGAUGACCCUAAAAUCCACUAUAACCUUUACAGGUGAACUUAAUGUGACCUUCUCUAAACAUUUGAAUGCGCGUGUCCAACAGUUCAAUGUUUCAGUACUUUCUGUACUGAAACAUUAAAUUUCACCCAAAAGCCAGAUAUCCCUAACUUUUUGUGAGUAGUGUAUAUUUGCCAGUAUUUGAUUUUAUGAGUACCUUGAAACGGAUAGAAUACACAUGUUGUCUUUGUGAAUGUACGUUGUGAUGUACCAAGUAUCACACACAAUGAAUACUAAGGUGUUGGUAAAAGAGUAAAUGUAAGUAUGUGCAUCUGUCAAUAUAGUAUGUCUAUCCAUGGCUAAUGACUAAAGUAAUGCUGCUGCUUGUUAAUAUGCAAUUCGAUUUAAAAUGAGGGGGUCUCUUACAAUAACGUCAAUUUAAUUUGUUCAACACUUUUCACAAAGAGAUCUCCACUUUUAUGACUCAUAUUAAGUUGCAAGAAAACUGCUUUUAAGGUUAUCGUCCACAAUAACACAUAUACUAUAUAUUUUGUACUAUGACUGUGUAAUUGUUAGUUUACUGUAAACUAUGGCACCAAUAAAGCAUGUGAAUUUUUAAGAA